ACCUUUUGGAAAGCGGACUUGCAUUUCCUUGUUCAUUCUGUUUGGUGGAAUUCUACCCUAUAAUCCUUACAAAUCCAUCCUCCCUUUCCACACCUCCCCUUCGAUCCUUCUCCUUCCUUCCUCUACCUCCUACUCUACCGUAUCCGCGCGCAUUCAUCGAGAUCCAUCUUCGCCCGUCAGCCCAGCAUUGUGGGAGGUCCCCAGUACAAGGGAGCUGAAGAGGAAGAAGCGACGGAAGGCUUCUCGAAGUUGCAAACACGCAUAUCCUCAGGACACACAGCCUUCCCUUCUCCGCAUCGCAUUCACCCCUUCGGAUCGGGUCGUGCCAAGGUGAGCUAAAAACGAUUUCCUAACAAGAAAUCGUGCAGCAGCCCCCCCUGGAGCCCCAUCCCCCUUGCACCUUAGCCCUUCCACUUUCGCUUCCCUUCUCCUUAUUCCCCUUUCCCCACCAAUCGUCCGUUCAUCUAACCCAUCUGUCCUCCCAUCUUUUGGCAACGGAAGAAAAUAAAAACCUCAUCCGGUUCUAAUCCGUCUCGUCAUCCCGAAGAGAUUCGCGAACGCGCCAUUGCAAAUCGGUUCUCCAACACCACACACUUUAAUAUCAUUCACACUAGUCAUUGCCUCCUCGACGUAUAGCUUUCCUUCGCCACUCUAUUUUCCCGGUUGACACUAUCAGAACCACGACGAGAUGGGCUGUGGAAUGAGCACCGAGGAGAAGGAGGGGAAGCAGAGGAAUGAGGAGAUCGAGAAUCAACUGAAGAAGGACAGGAUGAUGCAGAGAAACGAGAUCAAGAUGCUCCUGUUAGGUACGUGGUCCCGCCAUUGCGCAUCCUGCGCCUCAUUCGUUUCCAUCUACUCUUGAGGCUGAGACGCGUCUUUUGUAUAGGAGCUGGUGAAUCUGGCAAGUCUACCAUCUUAAAACAGAUGAAACUCAUCCACGAGGGGGGUUAUAGUCGAGAUGAAUGCGAGUCUUUCAAGGAGAUCAUUUUCUCGAAUACAGUACAAUCGAUGAGAGUAAUCUUGGAGGCCAUGGAAUCGCUGGAGUUACCUUUGGAUGACACCCGGGCCGAGUACCACGUCCAGACCAUCUUUAUGCAGCCCACACAGAUUGAAGGCGAGAGCUUACCGCCAGAGGUUGGAAAUGCCAUCAAGACACUGUGGGCCGAUCGCGGGGUGCAGGAGUGCUUCAGACGGUCGAGAGAAUAUCAGCUGAAUGACUCUGCCAAAUAGUACGUGUUUUCCUUCCUCUCGGGGUCGGCUGUUGAUGGAAAGGCUAACACUCGCGACAGUUAUUUCGACUCCAUUGACAGAAUUGCGCAAGCCGAAUAUUUACCCAACGAUCAGGACGUGUUGCGCUCGCGUGUCAAGACAACCGGUAUCACCGAGACUACCUUUAUCAUCGGAGACCUUACGUAUCGUAUGUUUGAUGUUGGUGGACAGCGUUCCGAGCGUAAGAAGUGGAUUCACUGCUUCGAGAAUGUCACUACGAUUCUCUUCUUGGUCGCCAUCUCGGAAUAUGACCAGUUGUUGUUUGAGGAUGAAACAGUCAACCGUAUGCAGGAAGCCUUGACCUUGUUCGACUCGAUCUGCAACUCGAGAUGGUUCAUCAAAACAAGCAUCAUUCUCUUCCUGAACAAGAUUGAUCGAUUCCGCGAGAAGCUUCCCAUCAGUCCGAUGAAGAACUACUUCGGCGAUUAUGAAGGUUUGCGGCACCAAGUUGAUGUGUGAAAUGGUCACUACUGACAUCGGGUGACAGGAGGCGAGGAUUACACCGCGGCUUGCGAUUAUAUAUUGAACCGUUUUGUUUCCCUAAAUCAAUCUGAGACUAAGCAGAUAUAUACCCAUUUCACUUGUGCUACCGAUACCACUCAAAUUCGGUUUGUUAUGGCAGCUGUUAAUGGUGAUACAACCUUACAACCCUGGACCGUAUUGCUUAUGCUGACGCUGUAUACUAGACAUCAUCAUCCAGGAGAAUCUGCGAGAAUGUGGACUGAUAUAAUUUCUUACCUUACCAAAGUUUAA